GGCGGCUGAACGCCAGUUUUGCUCCAACUUGAACUCAAAUUUAAAAAUUAUAGAAUCACGUAAGGAAAUCAUAAAAUGAACACUGCUUAGUUUUGUGCGAAAAAAGGUAUUCGCGGUUGGAAAGUGUGUUUCCCCGUCAUACAACCUUCAAGGUCGCCAAAAAAUCCUCUCGAAAUAUUGGGUGGUAUUGUGGUGGUAGGUGAAAUCAUCGUCUACGCCUGCUGACUCCCUAGUACCAUGACCUAGUGCCCCAUGACCGAACCGUUCCAAGCACAAACACGUCCUCGUACUCCGAGACACACACACAUCUACAAUGUUGCCGCGCUGGUUGGUGCUCUGCUGCACGGUGCUACUCGUGAGACCAGCUCAUCAGCAGGCAGUGCAGCAAUGUCCCGCCCCUAACACGAUCACCCCGUGCAGUUGUACCGUCAAGAAGAAUGGGCUCGAUAUACUGUGCGAAUUUACAGAACAACAGCAUAUACAAAAGGCGAUGAAUACUCUUCGCUCGAAGCCAAUGAUAAUAUUCUAUCUGAAACUCCGUCACAACAAUCUGGCCAAGCUUCCUUCAUACAUCUUCCUUGGUCUUGAUAUCCGACAUUUGACAGUCCACAACAGCACCCUGGCGGUCAUCGAGGAUUCUUCUCUAAGCUCUAUUGGUAACAAACUGACUCAGUUGGAUGUGUCUCAGAACAAGCUGGCGACAAUACCAACUUCCUCCUUCACUCAUCUGAAUCACCUGCUCAUUCUCAACAUGAAUCAUAACAAGGUGACAGCGGUACACAACAAAGCUUUCCUUGGGCUCGACACAUUGGAAAUAUUAACUUUGUACGAGAACAGAAUAUCUGUAGUGGAUGGUGAAGCAUUUAAAGGACUUGAGAAGAAACUGAAACGCUUAAACCUGGGCGGAAAUGAACUCACUGCGGUACCACAGAAAGCCCUCGCCUUACUCGAGAACCUCAAGAAACUUGAGAUGCAAGAAAACCGCAUUACUUCCAUUUCGGAAGGGGAUUUUGCCGGAUUAAGAAGUUUGGAUUCUCUGGGUCUUGCUCACAAUCAGCUACGAGAGGUUCCAGCUCAAGUGUUUUCUCACUUGACGUUCCUGAAUUCUUUGGAGCUGGAAGGGAAUCUUAUUCAACGUAUUGAUGAAAAAGCAUUUGUGGGACUUGAGGAAAAUCUCCAAUACCUUCGUUUGGGUGAUAAUCGACUGCACGAGAUCCCGUCCGAAGCAUUACGGCCACUUCAUCGUCUGCGCCAUCUGGAUCUCAGAUCAAACAAUAUCACAUACAUCAAUGACGAUGCGUUUACUGGAUAUGGCGACUCUAUAACAUUCCUGAACUUGCAGAAAAAUAUGAUCCACCAACUUCCAACAAUGGGCUUCGACAAUCUGAACUCUCUGGAAACACUCAACUUGCAGAACAAUAAGUUGCAACACAUCCCUGAAGAAAUAAUGGAACCAAUUUUAGAUACACUUCGUGUUGUCGAUAUUAUGGAUAAUCCACUUAUUUGUGACUGCGACCUGGCGUGGUACGAAGCCUGGCUGUCGGGUCUAAGAGACCGUGAUGAUGAGAUGAUGCAAAAAAAGCGUACAGUGUGUACUAUGGUCAAUGAACACCGGGAGUACAGCGUUGCCAAAAUGCCGUUUGACAAAAUGAACUGCAAACGAAAACCGGGCUACGGACCCUCAAGCGCUACAAAUACUUGUCCUAUGAUCUUCGUCAAUGUUCUUAUUUUCGCCAACAGAUGGCUCUAAAGUAAUAUAUUUAAAAAUUAACCCUUCCCUCUUCCUAAACUUCAGAAGAACCAAUCGAGCUAACUGUGGCCGGAUAGCUCGAUGCGUGUUCUUCGAUUGAUUAGUAAAAUAAUUUAUAACGUGAUGAAUUUGUGCAAUAACAUAUACAUAUCAAUUGUGAGCUGAAUUAGUAGUAUUUUGAGAAGGCAAUUUGUGAUACGGAACAUUUUGUAGGUGUGAUAUGCGUAUUUUAAAUACCUUUGUAGCAUAUGCCUUACAUUAGAGUAAAUUUAAACAUCUUGAUAUCGUUCAAAGCUGUUUAGUUGGCUUAACUUCUUCUAUGCGGGUACUGUGAUUCCACAAGCUAGUUGAUAGCGGAAUAUUAAUUUCUUUUUAAUAAUAAUCCAAAUUAUAAGAUCUUCCUAUAUUUUAUAUUAUUUACCCUACUCUAACUCUAACGUUGUACAUGUAUUUUAAGCUUUUGCGCAUUUACCAUGUUAAAUAUUUAAAUACGAGUAUAUUACAUAAAGUUUAAAUGUAAAAUUACGUAUAUUAGAUCGGCACACGAUAGAUGUAUUUAUUUUAAAUAUUGGUCAUUUCAAUACACAUCCAUAUGUUUGUCAAACAAUUUCAGAGCCUCUAUUGAUCGUUCUGAUGCAGUAAAAAGAUAAAACAAUAAAGAAAUAAUAUAACUUAAGUGCUAUAUAGUUUUGCUUGUUUUAAUUUUGUAUUAAGAAAGACGAUAAAACACAAAUGUGUUAUAUAUAAGCGGAAUACCUGAAAUAAUAUAUUAAAUGCGAUUCUAUUUUAUUGCCUACAAUUUUUAUAAAUUAUAACAUACUCGUAGGCAGAAAGUUAAAAAACAAAAUAUUCACAAGCAUUUUCUCGUCACCUUUAUAGGCAAAAACACGAAAAUAUUGUAUUUAUAUUCACCAUCUUCAUAAUAAGAUUGUUAAUUUAGAUUUCAGUGACCAAAACGUCGGUCUACAUAAUCUAGUGUUUUAAUCUAACCAGUAAUCCCUCGUUGUCUCUGUGAAAGUUGCUUGAAAACAACUAUGCUUUUUCGCUACCUCUUGAAUUCCUUCUUGCUUACUCAUUUGAUAUAUUAUCGUAUUUAAUGAGAUGGAUUCCUGUAUUAGUUACCUUUGUAGAUUUAAUUAGAAGUUUAAAGCAAAAUUUAUUUUAAGUAAGCAGUAAUUUCGUAGUUAAUAAAUGUGACUGCAAACUGAUUGUGCAUCAGUGAAGAAUAAAUUUAAAUAAACUUAUAUUAAUUUAUCCUUGUGAUAAUGAAACGUAAAACAUAUCCCUUAGUCUUAAUAUUUUAUUAAAGUUGAUGUACUUUAGAUACAUAAAACGCUUGUAAUCUUGUAUAUUUCUUAAUUUUUUUAAAAGAUAUAAUGUAUUGAGAUAAAUCUAACAUACUUUAUUGAAAUAUUUAGGCUGGGUUGCAUCAUAUUAGCUGUUAUAGUUAAGGUUUAAGUCAAUUUUGACGUUAAGAAUAACGCUGACUUUAACAUAGAGUGCGGAAUAUGUUGCACCAUCGUAUUCCUUGGAUAGUUAAAGUUAAAAAGUGAAAUAUCAAGUCAAUAUCGAAUAUUUAAUUGAAACUUUUGACAGGUGGCUGUUUAGAUAUUUAACAUUAACAAUAGCUUCAACCUGCGAUGAUUGCACGGUUACGAUUAACAGUUAAUUUUAGGACGUCAUGUAAAAAUUGUUAAAUUGUGGAACUCAUAUUUCCUUAACCGGCUCUUUCGCAUAUUUGUUAUUGCUAAAUUUAGUUGGUGCGACCCAGCCUAAAACGCGUGGAUACUUUAGUUUAACUAUCGUUAGAGUAUAGUGAAAUUUGACGUUAUUUAUAUUAACGUGUCGUUAGCCAGCAUGGUACCAGACUACGUGAGAACCUUUUUCUUACUGGUCGUAUCCAAAAUAACUUAUGUUCGUGGCUGAUGGUUGACAUUGAUAAUCGAUUCCUUUCCAUCGCACUCCUAACGACAUCAUAAAACUUUUGUGGAGGUUCCUCGCCUAUAAUCUACAAUACAGUAAAAGUGCAGUACUUUAACUUCAUACUAGAGCGCCCGAAUCGCACGCACACAUUCACAUGACUUACACGGUCAUUAAGCAAUCUCGGGUAGACACAAGUAUUGAGUGCCACGCCGUACGCCGCCCAGACUGGUGAGUUAAUGUUCUAUUGCUGGUAUUGUGACAAAGCAUUGGUGGCUUUUAGUAUUUUUAACAACAAUUAACCCUUCCAAGCUUUCCUCUCCGCAAGCGAGAAACGCCACAGUAAAUAAAUAUUUAUUGUUACAUUGUUAUUAUCAAAAUAAAAAUCCUGUUAUACCGCGCGUUUUAAUAUUUAAAUGGGUAAAUAAAAACAAAAUGAAUUCAUAAGUGCACGCACAUACACACAUAGUUAAGUUAAUUAUAAAUAUUUUAAAGAAACAUGCCAUUAUAACGUGUUACUAUAUCGUUAUAAAUUUCGAAGUAUCAAUUCCCUUAUAUUAAAAAUAUUAAAGGAUAAAGGAUCUUUUCAAGAUUUACGCAAGAGUAUACUUACUUUAAUUGCACUUUCUAUUACAUCAACUAACUAAGUUAAAGAACUACAGAUGUGGUUUGCUAAAUUGUAAAAUUUAACUUUUGUGUAAUAAAAAAGCUAUAGUAAUGGACAUAAUAUUACAAAUAUAUAAUUUACGAUGCAUUUAGAUGCACGUAACUUUUUCAGUGGUUUUAUUUUUAUUAGGAUCAUUAUUUUAGAAAUAUGUAAUAUGGUAUAUGCCGGUUUCAGUAUCAGUAAUCGUAUUAACAAAAUGCAAAUAUAAAGAAAGUGUAAGGGAGGCAAUCGAAAAGUUACUAUUUUUCUGGGGGGGAGCUAAGUACACUCAUAAGCUUCAUCUGAUAUAACUAUAUAAUAAUAUUGGUGUUAGAUGUCUAUUGUCUUUAUACCUAUUGUAGCAUUUACUCAAACUUUAUCUCUCAAUGUCGUGUUUUAUUAAUCUUCGAACAAUGUUUGACGCAAGUUAAAUCAAUUAAUUAAUGAAAGCUACCGUUAAAUGCUAUAAGAUAUCAUUAUGUGUUUUUAAAUGCCAAUAAACUCUUAAAAUAAAUAUAGUUUUAAGCAUUUGCAAUAUCUUUCUGUCUUAAAUGUAUUUUAAAUGAUAAUAUUUAUUAUAAUUAUGAGAUUGAUUCUUCUAUUUGAGAAAUAUAAAUUUUUAACCACAAAUUGGAACUAUAGUGGUCAUUAAAUUGGCUUGAAAAUUAAGAAAAUUAAUUCGGACCUUAAAAUGCAUAUCAAUUUAGAUUUAAGUUAAUAUAGGUACAUAUAUAAUAUAUACACACUUAUUGUUACGUCUUCGUAUUUUUCAUGUUAAUAAUUGUUGUGAAGCUUAAUCGAUGUAUAUCUGUGUUAAAUAAUGUGUAUUCUGUCUAUAUUAUGACCUUAACAGCUAUAAUCAAUGUUAAGAUCUGGUAGCUAUUUCUAGAAUAAUUUAAAAUUACCUGUUACAGUAUAUAUAUAUCAGCUAAAGCAGUAUGGAAACUACAUACAAACAUUCAAAACGACUCACGCACACAUAAGCAGGUGUAGCGCAGGGCUCCACGGCUAGUAUCACUGCGAUGUCCGCUUAGUGACCUUGUUGAGACCUGCGUCUGUGUGCGUGCGUCGUUUCGAAUGUUUUUACGCAGUUUCUUUACUGUUUUAGCUGAUAAAUAUACUGUGCUCUUGUUCUUAAUGUUUAAGUGACAUGUUCCGUACAGUUAAUAGUCACAUUUAUUAUAUGUUAAAAUGUAUUCUAAUGAAGUUUUGUUGUAUAUGUGUAAACUCUGGUUUUAUUAAAAAUAUAAGUAUAGUAAAUAAUCAA